AACGUAUUGUUUGUUUAUAAAUUAGCUCAUAACCUUUUUCACACAUUAAGAUGACAUCCCAUUUAAAAACCCUUAUCCUAAAGGUACGACCAUUAAUAACCACAGUUAAAAGAGCCCAAGGAACAACGACACCAAGUGGAUCGUACGACCUCACAGCUCGCAAUACUGUCAAAAACCUUGAUGAGUUGUCUGUCAACAUGGCGGUGGACGUCCUGACGGUAAUACAACCCUGUUUAACACACACGCUGAUUACAUUCGUAUUGGUAGGGCUCAUGCGUGGAGAACUCGUCAAACAAAACGCCCCGGAUAAUAGAGGGACGGAAUUCGUCAUCGGAUAUAUGGAGAACCUUGGGCAGGACAUAGACGUUGAGCUGUUUGUAACAACAAUGAGGAGGGCGAACGUUAGUGUGGAAAUAUUAGCUCCACAAUUUGAAACAGCCGGAAUACACCAUCAAUUCAAUGUUUCCUAUGGUAUGGUUAAACAGGUCCACUUGCCAAAUAACAUCCGGGUCGUUGGCUCAUCAAAAGACACAAAAGGAGUUUUGAUAAGAUCUAAUGAUGAAAUAGUGAUUUAUGGUGUGAACAAGGAGAAGUUCUCCUGUGAUGCAUUUUUGGGUUUACCUGUGGACGUGUUAGGUACUGAGUAUUACAUUGUGACGUACUACCCACCUUCAGAUCAAUGCGAAUUAUUGAUCGUUGGGGUCGAUAAUAACACAGCCGUUACCGUACGUUUCGGCGAUGCUCUUGGCGACUACACUGUUCGGUGGGACGGACAUUAUUAUCGUAAAGGAGACGAAAUCCAUAUAAAUUUGAAUAGUUUCGAUACAUUUCAGUUGGUAAGUAAGGGCGAUUUAAGUGGCACCCAUGUGGCAUCAGAUAAACCUAUUUCUGUGUUCAGUGGUAACAAGAAAACAAAGAUUGGUCGCGGUUUCAGCAGUGAUCAUAUUGUGGAGCACUUAACGCCAGUUACUUCUUGGGGAAAGACAUUUGUCACUGUUUCUAUUCCCCAUCGAACAGUAGGUGACUUCUUUCGGUUUCUUGCGAGUGAGGAUAACACAAAAAUACAAAUAUCUGGUGGUUAUACGGACACUAUAGUUUUAAAAAAGGCUGGAGAUUUCAUCCAGACAAACAUUCCAUCCAACGCCUAUUGUCUCGUGACGUCCGACAAAGCCAUCUUUGUUGCCCAAUUUGUCCAAAGUCAAACCUCGCGCCUGGAACCUUCAGACCCGAGUAUGAUAAUUAUUCCUCCAAUUGAACAGUUUGCCUCCGAUUACACAUUUGCUACUCCAAAAUACUCUUUUGGGUCUUAUUUAAAUUACUUCUUAUUCAUUGUCAAGGCCAAAUAUAUAUCGGGCCUGAGACUAAAUGGCAAACCUUUCCCAGCAAAUGUUAUAAUCCAACAGAUACCUGGAACAGAAUAUGUCGGGGGCUAUAUUUCUAUACCGGAAGGUUCCCAUAACGUUCGACAUAUUUCACCUAUCUCCAUAUUCGGUGGUUAUCUGUAUGGGAGAGCCACUAUGGAGUCGUAUGGAUUUCCCACUGGAAUGAGAAUGGCUCCAAUUAAUACGCCCUGCGAGCCCACACCCACUGUUGUCGGGGAUGGAUUAGACAAUGACUGUGACGGCCUGAUUGAUGAAGAACUGUGUGUACUUGACCAACAAGAUAAUGAUGGUGACGGUGGCAAAAAUGAAGAUUGUGCAAUGCCUGCCCCAGUCGAUGGUAAUUGGUCGAAAUGGCAAACUUGGGAGCCCUGCUCAGCUACAUGCACACGGAAGGGUCAUCCAAUUCCGACGGGCACCCGUACAAGACGACGCACCUGUACCAACCCUGCACCUGCCCAUGACGGUGAUGUCUGCGUUGGAAAGGAUACUGAAGCAAAAUCCUGCCAACCAACGUCGUUUUGCUCUGUUGACGGUAACUGGUCAAGAUGGGGGGAGUGGAGUCAGUGUUCCAUUACAUGUAGUCAACCGGGGGAACUUACAGGCAUAGCGUUUCGACAUCGCUACUGUUCCAAUCCAUCACCGCAAUACGGCGGAAAACCCUGCAAUGGACAAUCUAAAGAGGAGAAGGAAUGUACUCCGUCCAAGUUUUGUCCCGUUGAUGGUAACUGGGCCUCCUGGGAAGGAUGGUCUGCAUGCUCAAUGACUUGUUUAGAGGCAGGUUUUGUAGCUAAAGGGGUACAAACUAGGUCCCGAUUAUGCGUUAACCCAAAACCUGAACAUGGUGGCAAACAUUGUCCAGGAGAGGAUGAGGACAUUAAAGAAUGCUUUGCUACAAAGCCAUGUUCGGUUGACGGUAACUGGUCAAGAUGGGGGGAGUGGAGUCAGUGUUCCAUUACAUGUAGUAAACCGGGGGAACUUACAGGCAUAGCGUUUCGACAUCGCUACUGUUCCAAUCCAUCACCGCAAUACGGCGGAAAACCCUGCAAUGGACAAUCUAAAGAGGAGAAGGAAUGCACUCCGUCCAAGUUUUGUCCCGUUGAUGGUAACUGGGCCUCCUGGGAAGGAUGGUCUGCAUGCUCAAUGACUUGUUUAGGGGCAGGUUUUGUAGCUAAAGGGGUACAAACUAGGUCCCGAUUAUGCGUUAACCCCAAACCUGAACAUAGUGGCAAACAUUGUCCAGGAGAGGAUGAGGACAUUAAAGAAUGCUUUCCUGCAAAGCCAUGUUCGGUUGAUGGAAACUGGGCCUCCUGGGAAGGAUGGUCUGCAUGCUCAAUGACUUGUUUAGAGGCAGGUUUUGUAGCUAAAGGGGUACAAACUAGGUCCCGAUUAUGCGUUAACCCAAAACCUGAACAUGGUGGCAAACAUUGUCCAGGAGAGGAUGGGGACAUUAAAGAAUGCUUUCCUACAAAGCCAUGUUCGGUUGACGGUAACUGGUCAAGAUGGGGGGAGUGGAGUCAGUGUUCCAUUACAUGUAGUCAACCGGGGGAACUUACAGGCAUAACGUUUCGACAUCGCUACUGUUCCAAUCCAUCACCACAAUACGCCGGAAAACCUUGCAUUGGACACCCUAAAGAGGAGAAGGAAUGCACUCCGUCCAAGUUUUGUCCCGUUAAUGGAACAUGGGCCUCCUGGGAAGGAUGGUCUGCAUGCUCACUGACUUGUUCAGAGGCAGGUUUUGUAGCUAAAGGCAUACAAACUAGGUCCCGAGUAUGUGUAAACCCACAACCGGCACAUGAUGGCAAACAUUGUCCAGGAGUUGAUGAGGACAUUAAAGAAUGCCUUCCAACAAACCCAUGUUCAGUCAAAGUAACUGAUACUGGUUGGUCUGCUUGGAGUACGUGUUCUGCUCAAUGCGGAGGCGGGAUUAGAAGUCGUCAGCGUCCUUGUGACAGCCAAUCACAAUCAAGUUGCCAUGGAGGCAUUGUCCAGGAAGACGCAUGUAACACUCAUGAAUGUGUUGGCACCAUGAUUGAACUAGAGACGAAGCAGCAAAGUCCGCCACAUUUCACGUACACAAAAUUAAAAGACUACGGUUUUCGACCGAAUCCGGAUAAUUCUAUUGUCUUCCAUGUAAAGGCAUGCAGCGACGCGCACGUGGGACUGAUAUCAAACGAUCAGCGAGUGUACGAGGUUGUCAUAGGUGGAUGGAGUAAUACCAAGUCAGUUAUUAGAACAAAUAGGGGUGAAAAGCCGAAGGCUACGCACAAUGGGGCUCUCCUCAGCUGUUCGACUUUCAGAACAUUUUAUUUAAGUUGGAAUGGUGGUCGAAUUAUUCUGCACAGAAAUACUUCUAACGGCUGGGACAAGGUGAUGGAAUGGCAGGAUCCAAACCCGAAAACGAUUACCAACGUAGCCUUUACCACCGGCUUGUGGGCUACAGGUGCCUGGCGAUUUAGAGGUCUGGCUAUGUGUAACUGUUUAGUGAGUGGUGACCCCCACUAUACAACAUUUGACGGGGAGCAGAUCGACUUUAUGGGCACGUGUAAAUACACACUAUCUGAAUAUAGAAAACCAGGUGACACGUGUUCGUUUGCUGUGGAGGCGAAAAAUGAACGCCGGGGGUCCAACUCUAAAGUGUCUUAUACUCGACUUGUGGACGUGAAGAUGUUUGGGAGAGUCAUUCGUCUUCAUCGAGAUCGAAACGUGUAUGUUGACGGUGAACUGACGUACUUACCAUAUCAUGACACCAGGUUCGAGAUUGUCCUUAGCGGAACCUAUGUGCGGUUCGCAAGUAAAUGUGGGCUGGUAGUGGAGUUUGAUGGAGUGUCAAACGCCUGGGUCAGAGUACCAAGUCAAAUCAGUGAGUCCUUCACUGGAAUAUGUGGCAACUGCAACGGCCAAAAGGAUGAUCGACAUGACGUGGAAGUGUACCAAGUUACUGAUGACUCUGACAUGAGAUUUCAACACUGCAUGACCGACACGCACUUCAACCCAUGCAGUCAACAAGUAAGGAAGGAAGCCGAAACAAACAGUAUUUGUCGAUUUCUCAAUCCGUCAAAUACGGAAGCCAGUCCUUUCAAGACCUGUAUAGACAUUUACCCAGGUGACGCCAUGAAAAAGUUCGAGUCGUGUGUGUACGACUUCUGUGUUUACAAAGGAGAAGUGAAUUCCAGCCUUAACACCAAGCUGUGUGACAACUUAGCCGCCUUCGCCGAUUCCUGUCUUAUCAAUGGCUACAGAAUAAUGUGGCGCUCCACUGACUUCUGUCCUCUUCAGUGUGCCGACCACUCAAUGUACAAUCCAGAGGGUUCCGCAUGUCCUUCAACGUGCAUAGAUCCUGAUGCAUCCCGAAAAUGUACACUUGGAACUCUGGAGGGUUGUGAAUGUGAGCAUGGAUAUCUUUUGAGUAACCAAAAAUGUGUUAAGGCCUCCGAAUGCGGCUGUUUGGAUGAAAAAGGAAGAUACUACCCGAUUGGUGCAACAUUCAGCGACGACUGUACAACUGUAAAACAGUGUAAGAUAGAGGGCAAAGACAUCAAAGUUGUGGUAGUGAGUACACGUCCGGUCUGUGGGAGUAACGCGGAGUGCGGUGAAAAGGACGGGAAACACACGUGUGUCUGUAAACGAGGCUACCAAGGAGAUCCCACUAAUUCCUGUCACCUGGCGUACGAAUGUCGCGAUGACGUUACGGGAUCCAAUUACCAAGGGACAAUUUCCCAGUCAGCUCUCGGGAACGAUUGUCUCCCAUGGAGCACAACAAACAGCAUCUUUAUGUCUAUUGGAGAUCACCGCUUCUGCAGAAAUCCAAACGCUGAUCAACGUCAGUCGCCGUGGUGCUACGUCCAAAAAGGAGACGUCACAAUCUGGGAGUACUGCGACAUACCCAUGUGCCACGAGGAGAAGCCAGUCUGUGAAACAACUACAGAGAUCACUUGCUCCAGCUCUGGAAACACGUUUGUACAAUGUAGAAUUGAAAAUGCCAAGUACAUAACUUAUGUAGGACUAACCAGGAAGACUAAUGCGGCCGAAUGUAGGAAUGGUUUCAGCUUUGGACGAUUUGGAGGUAGUAUAUGGACUGACCAUGGUUGCAGUGGAUAUUUUAACAUUUGUUACACACCAAAAAAAUCGGUGUACACCCUCACCAGCCCACCAAUAACGGAGUGUAAGCAGACCCAGUCUGGGACAGACUACACGGGAAGCUGGGGCCGCACUGUAUCUGGAAGAGUGUGUCAGGGAUGGGCCUCCCAGUAUCCUCACCAUAACAAGUACAGCACUCGCCUAAAAGGGAAUGUCAACUACUGUAGGAAUCCUGGAAACCAUGACAACGGACACGCCUCCUCGCAGCCCUGGUGUUACACGACAGACGAACAUGUGACCUGGGAAUAUUGCAACAUACCAACCUGCUGAAUGUUGAUAUAGGGACUAUGGAAACGGCUACUCAGAGGUGUUAAAGAGCGAGAUGAAGAAAAUUCAAACGACGUCAGUUAAAUAAUAGAACUUCCUUUUUAUAUGUUCAUCACAAUUCUUUUGAGACACUCACAACAACGCUUAUGACUAAAUAUUUUAAUAUUUAAUUGAAUUGACACGUUAAACUGCGCUGUUCCUUCAGGAAUACCUCUGAUCAGUCUGAUGUGUUUCAGAAAAUUAGCCUUAUGGUGCUGAAAUAUAAAAUAGAAACAUGACUAAGAUACAUAUAAAACACUGUUAAGUAUAUCGUUACUGCAUUUUCAUGUUAAAACACAUUAUAAUUAUGCAUAUAUUUAAAAAAAAAAAAAAAAAAA